AUGAUGAUGAAUUCGGUUGAAGACGUCUUCGCUGCUUCGACAGUUAAACAUGAAUACAGAAAACGACAACAUUCAGACUGCUCUGAUGUAAGUUACCUUAACUCAAAUGAAUUUUCUUGAUUUUAAUAUUAAUUUUUUUUCAGGACGAUGGUGCAUCAAGUCCAAAAUCUUCGAGUCCUUCAAUCGAUGAUGACCGCAGAGCUCAUCACAAUGAAUUGGAACGUAGAAGACGUGAUCAUAUUAAAGAUCACUUUUUGAUUUUGAAAGAUGCCAUCCCACUUUUGGAAGGAGAAAAGAGUUCAAGAGCCUUGAUUUUGAAACGCGCUGUUGAAUACAUCUCUGCUAUGCAAUCACGAAUCAAUGAGAAUCAAAGAAAUAUGGAAGAGCUUAGAAGAAAGAAUGAACUUUUGGAAGAAAAAUGUAAGUUUCAAUAAUAAAAUUGGAAAAACAAAUCAUUCAAUGUUUUAUUUUUCAGUGAAAGAACGUGAACCAUCAACCUCACCACUCAAUAUCACAACACUUCCACAAAUCUCGAUCUCACCAAUUGCUCUCCCAGUCAAUAUCCCAGUAUCCGUCCCAAUUCAAGUACCUACAACAGUUCUUCCACAAAGCCCUGUUGCACUCUCUACAAUGAAUCCAACUGAUUUGAAUAACUUGAUCGCGUCAUCACAAGAAGCAAUCAUUGCAUUGACACAGUCACUUCUUGGAAAAAUGAAUACUGAACCAACACCUUCAGUUUAUCCAUAUGAACGACAAAUGACUGUUCGAUUUUGA